AUGUCGGAUUUCGCCCUCCGCAAGGCAGUGGCUCUCGAUACCAUUGCUCGCUCUCCUACACUCAUUCAGGAGCACGAGCACGACGGCGCGACCGCUCAGUCGACCUUCAUUUCUCAGCAGCUACCCCCGCUUGACGCGAACAAGUGUCCUGGACAUCCUCCCAGCAAAGUAGACGUCGUGAACUCUGACUCGUAUGCCGCUGCUCGGAAUUUUGGCGAAGAUGCAAAGGGCAAGAUUGCUGUUUUGAGCUUGGCGAGUGAUGAAUAUCGAGCGGGAGGAUGGGCGAUAACACUUAGCCGAACUCAAGAAGAGGCACUUUGCUAUUCAUCUACGCUCUAUCACACUCUGUGCGAAUCAUACUAUCCCUGGCCUAAUACAGGUCCGGGUUCUGUGGCUGGCGUAUACUCUCCCGGCGUUGUUGUCCAUAGGGACGACCUUGACCAUGAGCUCGUUGAAUUCCCUCACGAGUCAGGGAAACGUAUUGUUGUCGCGGUGUUGACGGUAGCGGCGCCUCGCGACCCUCGGCUCACGGAAGAUGGGCAACGCUUUGCAGACCCUAGCGUGCUAGAGGAUAUGAGAGGCAAGAUUCGACUGGUGUAUAGGAUGGCAGCGUCUAAUGGAAAGGAAUACAUGGUACUUGGUGCAAUGGGCUGUGGAGCAUACAACUGCCCUCCGGUUCUUGUAGCGAACGAGAUGAAGAAUAUUCUUUUAGAGGACGAAUUCAAAGGGUGGUACAAGAAAGUGACCUUUGCAGUCUAUAGCAAGGGACGAGGAAAUUAUGAUAUAUUCAAGGAGAUAUUCUUGGAGGUUGUAGUAUAG